CGAGAUCUUGCAGAUCGUGAUCGACCUAGGCUACGGCGUGAGCUUCCAGCCGGAGAGCGAGAAGAGCCUCGCUAGGUACGUGGCGCCGUUGCUGGCCAUGGGGGUGAACGUGAUGCAGCCGGGCUCGCUGAAGGCGAUGGCGGCGUCGGUGAUAACCAGGGGCGCCACCAAACCGACGUGGGCGUGCCCCUGGUCCGUCGUCAUGAUCUGCAGGAGGUCGACGUACCGGAUGCAGGAGGCGCACGUCCGGGCCAUCUGCCCCAGCGUGCCCGUGGUAUUUGACACGGUUGACCUUCACUAUAUCAGGGAGCGGCGCUCGGUGGAGGUCGCCCUCGCCAAAGGCGACACGACCAAGGUGUUCGUGAUGGACGCCUUCUGGGACCCCGUGGCGACUUCCAAGGCCAAGUUGGAGUCGCUACUCAAAGAGGGCGAGGACCUGGAGGUGGGCUACAUGGCCUCGUCGGACUUCGUGCUAGUGGUCAGCACCGACGAGUACACGAUCGCGUCCGAGAUGGUGGGUGCCGACAAGGUCCGGAUCCUGACCAACAUCUACCCGGAGCCUGACCGGGAGAGGGGCGCCACGCUGGAGGGCAGGCAAGGCGGCCUCUUCGUCGGGAGCAUGUGCCACACGCCCAACCUCGACGCGUCGAAGUUCAUCAUGCGCGAGAUCUUCGGCCCCACAACGCGCGGCGUGUUCCCGCCGGGGUUCAUGCACUUCGUGUGGUCUGGCACCGAGAAGUGCAAGGCCCUCGUUGGCGAGCUGAUUGAAGAGGCGAAGGAGCACCCGCUCAUCACGCUCCACCUGGACGUGACCGACCAGGAGCUGGCGGCGCUUCACAUGAAGGUGCAGUUCUUCCUCGGGGCACUUAGAGUAGGUGCUGGCGUGAAGGGCAAGCUGUGCCAGGCACUGCUCUACGGCCUGCCGAUCAUCGGCAGCAAGGCCGCGACCGAGGGCAUGCACUUGAAGGACGACGUGAGUGUUCUCGCGGCCAGCACGGUGGCGGAGUAUCGCGCGCAGAUCGAGCGCCUCGCGGGCAGUCCUGACCUCUGGUACCAGCUGCGGAAGAACGGCUUCGACCUCAUCCAGAAGCGCGGCUGUUGCGCUGCUGCUCUGGCCUUCCUCUGCACGCAGGAGUGCGUUCCUCCCCGUCGCCGUCCUCGGCGGUGUCCAAGGCCUGGCGCCUGGGGACCAGCCUCUGCACGCUGCCCCAAGCUCUGUGGACAAGGCACGGCCGGCGCGCCCGCUUCCGAGGGGCGCUGCCUCGCGCAGCGUGCGAGUCCUCGGGCCGCGGCGGCCCGGCCACUGCGCACGCGCCCCGCGGCAUGGCACAGCGUGGGUCUGAGACCUGGUUCUGAAGCGCGCGCGCGCGGGCAAAAGAGGCCGCGCGCGCGCGUUGCGGGGAGUCCGG